CUUUCCUCCCCAACAGCGCGUGUGGUCGGACGCGAGCUUGGACCUUCUCUUCAUCUUCCUGUCGGCUCGCCUAUCUCUUAGCCUCCUUUCUCAUCCUCGUCCAUUUCCCUACGCAUAGAGCAAUUACUAUUCUUGAUAGUAAGCCUGCCAAUCUGCCCCCCGACAAAACGCACCCACAGCACUCUUCCCACACCCACACCCCUCGAAGAGUCGCGACGCGUGCCGUGGACCACCCGCGACACCCGCCCAUCAUCGCCUCCCCAUUUCCUCAGCCUUACCUCAUCCGAUUAAUGUCGCUUAACUCUUUGCUUGUUACUGACGUCGAACCUUCACCUCCUCAGAUGCCGAUGGGUUGUCUCGGUCUGCAACAGCCAUGAGUGCCUGGAUCAACGAGGCCACUGCCCCCAAUCACAACAAUCCCAAUGGCAACGGCUUCCCCCUUAUGAACGAUUCUAAUGCUACACCGGGUGCCAUGAUGGAUCCAUCAUCAUUCAUGGGCAACCCUGCCCAGUUCAACCCGGGGCAGCAGUUUGCCGGAAAUCCCCAGCAACACCAACUGGCUGCCGCUAUGCAGAAUGGCAUGCAGAUGCCCAGCGCAUCGCCAUCUUUCCAAAACUCCGUUUAUCAGACAAACUCGGUCAUUCCUUCCAAACGUCCACGUCCUCGCGAGGACAGCCUCGCCGGCUCGCCACGCCCCAACCCGGGCAUGCUACCAACGUCGCGUUCCGAGACGCCUCAGCAGUUUCCCGGCUAUCAGGCCGGUGGCAUGCCUCAGCAGAAUCCCGCCCAGACACAACCUGCACCGUAUAAUCACCUUCAGCCGAAUGGUUCCGCAAAUGCGACACCCUCGCCCGUCAUGGGGUCCAACAUGCGCCCCGGUAGCGUCCCGCAGCGCGUCGCGACCGCCUCGCCCCACCCUUUUUCUCCCGGUGCCCAGCAGUUCGGUGCACAGGCAUCUCCCGCCGCCUCUGAUCAUGGCACGCCCCAGCCUAAUCCGAAUCCUUACGCGCAGACGAUGCCCACGAUGUCUCCAGCCUUCAAUACCAACUUCACUGCCGCCCCGUCGCCCGCGCGCCCUGCGACAAACCCCAACGCCAUGCCUGGCAUGAUGCCGCAACAACAAACGGGAGGUCAGAUGGGGGGCCAAAUGGGAGGUCAGAUGUCGGCGCAGAUGGCACAACACAUGGCCCAACAGAUGCCGCAACAAUUGCCGCCGCAAAUACAACAACACAUGCUGCAGCAGCAACAAAUGCAGCAGCAGAUGCCGAACCAAAUGUUUCCGCCCGGCAUGCAGGCUACGCGCGGUUCCAUGGACCAGCAACAAAUGGCUGCCUACCAGGCGCGUCUCCAAAAACAGCUUCAGACACAAGGAACCAUGCAAAACAUGCACCCCAAUAUGCAAAACAUGCAAAUGGCAGGGCAGCUACAGGCGCAGAACAUGGGACAAGGCCGGGGCAUGAUGCCGAAACAGCCCAUGCAGAUGCCCAACGGCCAGAUGCCGCCUGGCGGUGCUGGUGCUAUGCGACUUCAGCAGCGCACGAUGCAGCAGGAGCAGUUCAUGAAGACUCUUGCUAGGUUCAUGCAAUCCAAGGGUCUCCCACUGGAGACGAACGCCGUUAUUGCGAACCGACCCGUAAACUUGGCGCACCUCUUCCAACUGGUACAGUCAAGAGGCGGAUACAAAUCCAUCUUGGCGGCAAACUACUGGCCUCAGGUUGCCAACGCUCUCGGCUUCCAUCCGGCACAAAUACCACAGGCGCCUGGGUUGGUCAGGGAGUUGUACGAGCGGAAUCUGUUUCGGUUCGAGGAGUUCAUGGCGUCGCAACAGAGCCAUCAGCGAAUGAUGCAGCAGCAACAAGCCGGCCUGCAAAACCAGAACAUGCCUGGCGCGCAACCACAGGCCACGCCGACGAAGCCGAUGAUGCCACAAGGGCAAAUGGCCCAAGCUCAAGCCCAGGCGCAGGCUCAGGCUCAGGCUCAGGCGCAGGUGCAGGUGCAGGCACAGGCUCAUGCCCAGGCCCAGGCUCAGGCUCAGGCUCAGGCGCAGGCACACGCACAGGCACAGAUGGCACAGGCUGGUCAGCAGCAGCCGCAUAUACCACCCAGGCAGAGUUCCACUCCUGUCCAGCAGUAUGGUGGACAACAGCCGGUCAGUGCCAUGACUCCGCAAGGUCACCCACAAAGCAGAGAACCCACCGCCAUUCCGAACCAGGGUCGGAAUAAUAGCAUCUCUAGAGCUGCGCGACCUACGCCCGCUCAAGCCAGUGGCCUGCCGGCAGCAUCACCUGCACAAGCCAAACGAGCAAGCAUACCUGCGCCACAAGCACCCGGUCCCGGUCCCGGUCCCGGUCCCGGUCCCGGUCCUGUCCCCGUUCCCGUUCCUACUCCCGCUUCCGAACCCGAUCCUCCUGUAAACCGACCCAAAACUCCUCCCCUGAUCCGACUGUCGAGAGAGUCGGAUGUGUACCCACCCAGCAUUCGGCCGCCCAAGGACGUUGGUGGGGCCGAACUAAAGGAAUACGACAAGCUUGGCAUGCAAAUUGACAUGCUACGACCAGACAUCCCCCACCUGCCGGAGCUCGAGGUGAUCGACCUGCAGGCGCUCACGCGGAGCCUAGAAUCUGGUCUUCGCGCCGAAGUUCGAAUGGCGCUCGAUACGCUUGCGGUGGUGACAAGGAGCCCCCACAGACACAUGCAGAUCCACCUGAAGUCAUGCGAAGAGCUCGUCGAGGCGCUUGUGGACUGCGCGGAGGAGCAGCUCGAGCAGCUCGCCGAGGAUACGGUAGAAGUGUCGGACGAUAUCCAGCUCACUUCUUAUGAAGAGGUGGCGAGGGCGUGCUGGACGGAGAAGAUGAACAUCCGCCACAUACCCGAAUUUGGGAGUGCCGAGUAUCACCUGGACCGGGCGGUUGAUCGUUUGUCCUGCAUCUUCAUGAUCCUCCGAAACCUCUCGUUUGACAUGGACGAGGACAUGGCGCGGCCCAAUGGUCCUCAGAUGAGGAGGUUGGAGAACGAUGAAGUUUUGGCGGAUGAAUCGGUGAUGAAUUUGGUCUGCGUCCUCAUUCGAUAUCUCGGUACGCGCAACAUGCUCCUUCGCACGCACGCCGACACUCUCGAAGUCAUGAAGGACGCCAUCAUCUUCGUUUCGAACGUGGCCAGCGCUGCGACCAUCUCGAACAGGGAACACGCGCUGUGCUUGCUGCAUUUCUUGCUGGCGUUCGCUCCGGGGCCUGGUCCGACCACGGCCAAGGACGGUCGUCUCUUCUUCCCCCCCUACGAGCCUUCUGUGCACCCUUACCUCUUUCACGCCGUCGACGCCAUGGCCAAGCUGCUUGCUCGUGAUGAACCUAACAGGUCGCAUUUCAAGGCUAUUUUCGCACUGGAUGCCGGUGGUACGACGCCGUACGAUCUCCUCACCAGGGCGUUUGCCAUGGGUAUUUCGGUCCUCCCGCUGGAGUUGCUGCCCGAGAUCUCGGCGCCGUUCCACUCGAUUAUCAUGGAGCGGAAGCCCAUGCUGAUGCAGGGGUUGAUGGUGGUCAACAUUCUGGCGUCACUGGCGCCCGGUCCCGAGACGGGGGUGGUUCGCGGCUGGUUGGCCAGCAGCAACGGGUUCUCGUCGGGGCUGUUGCACCUGGUCCGACUCCUGACGUUCACGCGCGAUGCCAACGGCGGGCGGGAUCCGGACUUUAGCUACAUCAUCCGGUUGGGGGUCGGCACGCUGCAGAAGCUGACGGAGAAGGCGCACGACCCGCAGGAUACGUCGGGGGUUCCUGUGGCUUCGGUGCCAUCGAUCAACACGCUCGUGCAGCUGAUGCGGUUGCUGUCGAUGAAUUGGGCGGGCGAGGGAGUGGUGAAGAACCUUGCUGCGUACAUGUCACUGCAUUACGAGACAUGAUGAGGGAGCGGUGGGUG